GGGAGCCCUAUAAUGGCGGCCGGGCGGCGGCAGCGCGGUAGCAGCGCGGAGAAAAAUAAGUUCCUAAACCAGUGGAGAAACUUGAACAGGCUCUUUUGAUGUGUUUCCUAUUGCCUGCUUUACUGACAUAAAGAGAAUUCCAUUUAUCCCUAGCAGUGUCACAAACCCUUUCAGUUGUGCUUUAUUUAUGUUGUGUUUUACUCUGUUUGCCCGGUGAUAACUGGCUGGCCAAGCUUUUUUUCCCCUGUCUGUAGUCAGUGUCCCGUUUUGGUUUGGUUGUGUGAAGGUGGUGGUGUGGUUUUGGGUUGGGAUCUUGCAGGGAGGUGUGUAGAGAGGCUCGUGAAUCUACAGCAGUGUUUGGUGGCUUUUGUUUUGGCGUGUGUCUCACUUUAACUACAGAGCAGCAUCUUAACUUUUGUCCUUGCCCUGUGGAGCAGAAGUGAAAGUCAGAUGCAGGGCACAAGCUUCUGCAAUCAGUUACCCUUUAAACCUUCUGCAGCUGUAGAUGCCUCAAUCAGAGGGGACUUGGUGAAAAAUCACAGGAAUACUAAAAACCAGAAGCAGUCCAAAGCAUCUGCUUGACUUGGUCUCAGGGAAAGAAAUUAAUGAUGACAUUAUACCCGACACAUUUAUUUCCACAGUCAUCUCCCUAACAGGCAGGGUUAAUCAGAUCUGUUACUGCUUGCCCACAGGCUGCAACUAGAACUUCUCCUUGCUCUUCCAGGCGUCGAUGGAGAGCAUGGUACCAUACUAUUAUUCCUGCAGAUGCUCGCAGAAGACACUGAGAGGAAGGACCAGGAGCCUAUGGGAUAGUCCUGUCUCAGUGCAGUGCAAGUCUAGGUUUGAAUUGUUGCCACCUUGAAAACUGGGCUGUAUUUGAAAUGUUAAUAGUCCCACCAGAAUGAUGUAAUUUCACUUUUCACUGGUCCGUGGCAACAGGUACAGGUUUACAGAGUAGCUUCUGGAAUGUUUCAGCACUUGGAUGCAGCAUCAGCGUAAUGCUCAGAGGCACUCUCCUGUUAGUGGCAGGGUUUUGGUAGGCCUCGUAUUGCUGCACCAGACCACAUGGGGGAAAAUACAGCCCAGUUCUUGUUCAUGAGUUUUAGUUCUGUGGGUUUCUCCCCCCUUCCCCAGAACCCUUGGUCUUGAAGAUGGUGAGUAGCCAGCCUAAGUACGAUCUAAUACGAGAGGUUGGUCGUGGCAGUUAUGGUGUGGUGUACGAAGCAGUCGUCAGGAAGACCUCUGCACGGGUCGCGGUGAAAAAGAUCCGGUGCCAUGCUCCAGAGAAUGUGGAACUAGCUCUGCGUGAGUUCUGGGCACUUAGCAGUAUCAAGAGCCAGCAUCCCAACGUCAUUCACCUGGAGGAGUGCAUCUUGCAGAAAGAUGGUAUGGUGCAGAAGAUGUCCCAUGGCUCCAGUUCCUCCCUUUAUUUACAGCUUGUAGAGACCUCAUUAAAAGGAGAAAUAGUCUUUGACCCCAGGAGUGUGUAUUACCUCUGGUUUGUAAUGGAUUUCUGUGAUGGAGGAGACAUGAACGAGUAUCUGUUGUCCCGAAAGCCAAACCGCAAGACCAACACCAGCUUCAUGCUCCAGCUCAGCAGUGCCCUGGCAUUCCUGCACAAAAAUCAGAUCAUUCAUCGGGACCUCAAACCUGACAAUAUUCUGAUCUCUCAGAGCAGGAUGGAUGCAAGUGACUUGGAGCCCACCCUGAAAGUGGCUGAUUUUGGGCUGAGUAAAGUAUGCUCAGCCUCAGGACAGAAUGCUGAGGAGCCAGUCAACGUCAAUAAGUGUUUUCUAUCAACUGCCUGUGGGACUGACUUCUAUAUGGCCCCUGAGGUCUGGGAAGGACACUACACUGCCAAAGCAGACAUCUUUGCACUGGGGAUUAUAAUCUGGGCAAUGCUGGAAAGAAUCACAUUUAUAGACACAGAAACAAAGAAGGAACUCCUGGGGAGUUACGUCAAGCAGGGGACAGCGAUCGUGCCCGUUGGAGAGGCCCUCCUGGAGAACCCAAAAAUGGAGCUGCUCAUCCCCGUGAAGAAGAAGUCCAUGAAUGCUCAGAUGAAACGGCUGCUGAAGGAGAUGCUGGCUGCCAACCCCCAGGAUCGCCCCGAUGCCUUCGAGCUGGAGCUUCGAUUAGUCAAUAUAGCUUUUAAGGACAGCAGCUGGGACACGUGAUGGGGGCCUGGUUGUGUGUGUGUGUCCUGAUAGAGCUGCUUCUCACUGAGCUGAUAGCGCAGCAGUAAAAGAAAUGAGCCUGAACUCCAACCUGCAGGGUGUAGUUUCUACCAAAUGAAUCUCUUUUGAGUCUCACGAUACGAGUGUUGAGGUGGCUGUUGUGCGUUGAUGUGUGUAAUACCAGGAUGUUACCUGCAAGUGUCAGAUGUGACGGUGUUUGUUGGUGUAUGCUGGCAGUGGGAUGUGUUAAGAGCUGAGACUUUACUUCUAGCACUAUGUUAUGGAGUAUUUUGUACAUUCCAGUUUCCUAUGUGAGUAUUAGGAACUCUAAUGGAACAAGGAUUUGCAUGCUGGUAGUGCAAAUCUGCAAGCUUUGUAAAGUAAUUGUGUAUAUAUUUCUGUAUAUGAGUGACUGGGUGUGUAUGCCACUUAAAUUAUUUGGUGUGGGUCUGCAUGAUUGGGGUCUCCUAGAAACCAAGAUGAAGAUAGAUGAGAAGCAUUCCUCCUCCUUCAGGCCUGAAGAACUUGAUUAUUUAUUUUUAUUAUCUAAUGUCAAAGAGAGGGUCUGAGACUUGACAAAGAGACAUUGCAAUGCAAGGGGCUCAGCAGUUCUCAAAGUGCUGAUGUGGCCACGCUGAGCACUUCCAGCUUCAUGAGCUUGUCACUGAGGGAGUCAGAACCGUAUGCAGUUGGGUGCUAGCAUGUUGCCUUGCUCAUUAAUCAUUCAAUUUUGCUUUCUCCUAGUGAUCAAACACUUGAUUAAUCAGUUGAUCUACACUUUCACACAUGCUCUCUACUCCUGUAGCUAUAAUUCAAUAGCACUUUGAGGAUUUAUAAUGAGUACUUUGGGCUUAGCUUAUGGAAAAUGGGUGAGGGAAUCAAGCAGCAUAGAGCAUUCUUUUUAAGCUUCUUUAAACUAUGGGGGUGGUUUUCCCAUUAACUGGAUCUGACCAGUGAUAGUGGUCAUGGCCUGUUCCUUUCUGGCAUUACCUCUGAUGUAGUGAGGAGGAGAUAAAGGCGUGACUGCCUUGUAGCACACACCUCUUCAGUAACCAGGGUGUGAGAGGUAGCUCCCAUUUGUGUGGCAACCUUGGCUCUUUUUUUUUCCAGUUAGCUUUCUUUCUUUUAAAUAAGUAAUAUUUACUGAAACCCCAGAUGGGAGAUGUAGCUGUGAAGCACUUGAAGGGCUGCUUACCCUCAGCUCUUACUCUGCAGAAGCAGACUGAUAUGCCAAGAGAGGACUGUGGCCUUUCUCAUCCAUUUGAGUUUUAAAGAAUUGCCUUUAAAGCAGCAACAAAGGGCAGUUUUCUUCACAAAAUCAACCUGGUGUGUUUUGGUUUUCUUUUCCCCCAGAUUUACCUGGAAGUUGUUGUAUUUCCCUGUGUGAUUUACUUCUCAGAUAUGUUCCCUCCUAGUGCGGUGAGAGCAGUUCUGGUUAGUCAUUGUUUAUUCUGCCUAAACCAGAACUUUAUUGUUCUUCCAGAAGCAAAGGAUUCUGAUUCUGCCAAACUUCUGAGGCUUUACAGAGUACAGAUGGCUCUUCCCUGGUGGUGUCUGCAGCUGGUGGCAGUUACUUAGGCAGCCUUAGUCCUUAAUUCUUGUUAUUUUGCUUCCCUACACCUUAGCUUCACUUCCCAACCUGACACUGUCAUAAACAGUGAUUCUCAGAUGAUACUUCCCUGUUUCAAAGCCAUGUUUUUUGUUUAGAAGAUGCUAUAGAAGUAACUUUCAGAAGACUACAGCAGAGCAGUAGAGCUCCAGUGUAAACAGGCAGCAGUGGAGGGGUGACUGCAUCAUACUGAGAACACAGCCUGUUGCCUCUAUAGAUGUCCCAGUGUUGUUCCUUCCCUGCAGAGAGCUUAGUCUGUAGGAGACUUGGAGCCUAUCUGUGAGUAGCCAUCAAAAGGGAUCUAUUUUUUCUUGAGCUCUGCAAACAGAGAUGUUUGUGUUCUCAUUUUAACCGAGUUCAGUACAACUGAACCUUGGCUUGUUACGGAAAGGAAAACAAACCGCUCGCUGUCUGUGCCAACGCUGUGCCACAGUACUUACAUUUAUCUCAGCAUGGGCACUCGAUGAGUGCAGUUUGUAGAGGGCACAGAACUUUUCCAUGUUGAACUUGGGAGCUUUAUAAAAAUCCAUUGCCAACUUCCUCCUCUCGUACCCCCCAGAAGUCAGAAUCAGCUGUUAGCUUCAAGUAUGCAUUUACUGCACAAUAACUUUCUCUUUAAGGUGCUUUGCAAAUCAUCUGGUUCUCUGAAGUAUUUCAAAGGCUGAACACUGAAUAGCUGCCUGCCUGCAGUGCAGCAAGGAGUGAAUGGCACAGGAAAUGGGUGUUUUGACUUCCCAAGUGUUUCUUUGCACUGGUGGCCACUUUAAGUGGGGGUACCUGCAAUCCCCCUCAUGGUGCUUUGCCUUGCUGUGGAGUGUUUCCUUGGUUAACACUGAAUGGUAGUCCUUGAGUCUGUGUUCUCUUUGGCUUUUGUUGUCUGGGGUCUUUGUUUUAAAACCUUUGACAAAUCACAUUGUUGUAGCAGCUCUGGAGUUCCUCACCAGCGUGACACAAAGUCAAGAGACUUCAGCACUUAGAUUUCUUUUUUUCAAAUCUUUCUUUA